GAGGCACCGGGCAUGGAGGCAGUUAUUAACCGACCUCUGGCUCCCGUUGGUUGAGGGUCGCCCUUGGGGGCAUUAACUUCCCUGCACUUCUGGGCUGUGCUUCUGCUGCUCCCAAUGGAAUCAAGCCGGGUGGUCUCCUGUGGCAUUGGAGAAGCUCUGGGAAGAAAGCAAAGAGAUGUGCAGCAGAGUGCCAAUGUGAAGUGAGUCUGAGCUUGCACGUGAUUACCUGCUACAGCUGCAGCUGAAAUGAGAGGAUGUGCAUCAUCACCAGCGGGGCUGCCACACAGUAUUAGUGUGAUUUCCCCCCAAAAUCAAUUGGAAUGUUUAAAGGAAAGCUAAGGUGGUAGGUGAGGGGAAAAGGUGGAGAUUUGCUCUAUAGCUCUGUUUUCUUAGGCUGGCCCUUGUAGAAAAGAAGUACAGAGACUUAGAAUAGAAUUACAGAGAUGGGGCUGGAGUCACCUUGGGAGGUCCUUUAACUUAUUCUGCUGCCACACAUCCCGAACAAAUCCAGAUGGGAAUCUAGCUCAUUGGUAACUCAGUCCACACGCAGAACACAGGGUGGAAGGACGUGGUGACCUAAGAGAGACAAGUCAGCUUUCCUUUGGGAGAUCCUGAGAGCCAGGAAACUUGGUCAAAGAUUAAUUUAGUGGGUUAAUAAAGGCGUCUCUGAUGAAUGAAGAAGGCAGGGUCUUAUGCAAUUAGUGCAUAAUAAAAGGUAAUAAUGACAAAGUCCACAGCUUCCCAUGGUUUAACGUAGUGAAUAGGUAGAAUGUGGCAUGUUAAUUAAAAUCUGUGUAUCCUUUUAGCAAAUUGUGGUUUAAGAACUAAAGAAAAAAAAUCACAGAAUUUUAAAGACUCAGUAAGUAGAAAAGCAUUCUAAUAAUAGCACAGAAUAAGCAAGAAAAGUAUAAUCUCAUGUUCCUGUACCAAAUGUUUCCAGUACAAUGGGUCCAGUUCCUUUAGAUUGGUGAAACUGGGAAACGUUCAAUGAAUGUGAGUGGAAAUAAACAAUGAAAUUGAAAGAAAUAAAGUCUCAGAGGCAACUGAGACUCUGAACUUCAGUUUUCUCCUCUGUAAAAUGGGAAUAAUAAUGACAUUCACUUCACAGUUUGUUGGAGGAUUGAAUGGCUGUGUGGAAAGUGUUCUGUAAAUCUCAAGGCAUCAUAAAGCAGUAUCGUUACUCCAGGGUUUGAAAUGUAGUUGUUAUUAUUUAAGUUGUUAGAAUAGUAAACACCACUCUACUUAUUAAAGAGAGGAAUUUCUGUUAAUCUUAUCAUUGUUGAGUGCUAAGAAUUUUCAAGGAGCCAACAAAAACCAACAAUAUGGAACUAAAUUUCUGGGUGCUCUAAGGAAAAAACACAUGUUCUAUCUCACCUUGGUAUUACAGCAUUGCUAACAACAGCUAUGGAAUCCACGUUUUUGUAUAAAUUUUAUUUUUGUUUCUAGUAGUCUUUCCAAAGCCCCAUUCUGAAUAAGGCCUAGCAAGGGGCAGGAGGGCAGAUUCUAUAUAAUCCUAUUCACUCGCGCUUCAUUUCCUUUAGCUACUUCUCAUAACGUUAUGCUUUUCUCAGCUGUUGAUACUCAUUUUCUCUAGGUAGCUUUAUUUUUAUUGGAAUCUGGUUCUUGCCUAUGUCUUUUGCUUAAAUUAAAAGAAUCUUUCAGAUGUUACAGAAUCAGCUGGAUGUUUUAAAAUACAAUGAAAGGUCUUGAGGUGCAGGGUUGUGUAAUAUUUCUGACAUUUGAUUUCAAGUCUUUUUCCAUCUCACUGAGUUUAACACAAGUGAAUGUAGUUCUGACUUGAUGGGUCAAUCAAAGCCAAAAGUUUCCAGAAGAUGGAAAGAUACCACUGUCUCAGACAAAAUGGAACGUUGCUUUAGCAUAAUUUAAAUAUUUUGUCACUACCAUUUCUUAUCCAUAUCUCUUCCACAGAUUGAAGCAGCCUCUAAGAUUUUUUACUAAUUCCCUGUGGCUUUGGUUUUUGCUCUCCCAGGAUUCUCAGAUCUGGUGCUCUUGUUAGUGAGGUUAAGAAAUGGGAGAAGGAAAAGAAAUAUGAGAAGAGCCUUUCCUUAUGACAACAUAAAUUACUGCUUCUUUUAGAUGGGGCAUUAAUAGUUUGGAAAAUGCAUGCAAUGAGGUGCAUGUUGGCCAGCUAGUGGGCAAAUCCGUUGCCAUCCAGAGCCUGGCUCUCAACCUUGCAGGCUAAGAAACAGGUCUCAGGGGCUCUCAGAAUAACCAAACUGAGAAAGGUUGACUAUGAAAACAGACUGCAAAUUUAUACAUUUACAGUGAUAAAAAAAAUUGGGAUCAUAACAGCUACCAUUUCUUGAGUGCUUUCUAUAUGUCAGGCGUCACGCUAAGCACAUUUUCCAUUUGUUAGUCGACUCUCAUUCGAUCCCAUCUCUGCCAUUUACUGGUAUGUGGUCGUAGGCAAAUUCUUUAACUUUGUGCAAGUUACUUGUCUUAUUUAAUAGAAUUCUCAGAAGAAUGCCUGGCACAUUGUAAGUACUCUGUAACUAUUUGCCAUUAAUAUUAAUUCUCAUAACACUCCUAUAAGGUAGAUACCAUUACUAUUCCCCUUUUACUGCUGAGAAAAUGGAGAUUUAAAGAUGUUAAAGAAUCUGCUGAAUUUCCAUAGAUAGUAAGUAGGCAACCAAAUUAUGGUCAGCACAAGGAAUCGGAAUUGGAUGAUUACGGAUUCAGGUUAAGAGAACACUCCUGUUCACCUUCUCAGUGGAGAAGGUCUUUCCAGUGAGAUUAUUUCACUCAAAGUCUGUUAGCCAAGUCUAUUCUCAGGGAUAGUUCUCAGAAAAGCAUUGCCAGCAUUUGCUCUGGGACGUCCCUGUUUUUUAUAGCAUCAUAUCUAACGCCCCUCCUUGCCGUGACUGACAUUUUAUUCACUUUGCCCCAAGUACCGUCUACAACGGUGCUGUCCAAUAGAACUUUCUGUGGUGAUAAAAAUGUUCCAGAUUUACUUUGUCUAAUGCAGUAACCACUAAUCACACGUGGCUACUGAUCGCUUAAAAUGGGACUAGUGCAACUGAGGAACUGAUUCUAAUUUUACAUAAUUUAAAUUAACUUAAAUUUAAGUAGCCAUACAUGGUUAGUGGCUACUGUUUCAAACAGCACAGACUUGUAGGGGAAAAAUGUACCUUGGGAAAAAAAAUAGCACGAAGCAGUUGGUCCUCACUGCAAAAGAAGCAAAGGGAUUCAAUCAGUCUUAUUAUGAGAACAUCCUGUGUGAAUUUCACUCAGCAACAAGGGUCUCCUGGAUCAGGUAAAUUAUCCUGCUCAUUUCUUUUUUAGUAUUGAAGUUUCUGAGGGCAACAGACAGGCUCAUCUGUCUGACCAGUGAAAAACUCAGUAGAGACUUCUUGAAAUAUAAAAUUCAGAGAUAGUUUGUCCUGGUUCUUAGCCUUUGGGUAGCUCUUCCAACUUAGAGUCCCUCAAGGCAAGUAUAGCUCUUGGGUUGUGAGGAGGGGAGAACGAGGUCAGAAGUAAACUGAGGACUGAGAACAGCUUUGCAAAUGGUGAUUCUUGGUUGAGCAAUCAAAGCUGAAAUACACCUAGGAACCAUCACUCUUUCUUUUUUCUUGACAAUUAGGGCAAGCGUGCUUUAGUUUUUCCACCACAAGGUUUUGAGUGAGAAGACCUUGGUUAAAGCCUUUGCUUCAUCCCUUAAUAGCUGGGUGACUUUAGACAAAUCAUUUAACUUCACUGAGUUGACCUUCCAUGUCUGUAAAAUAGGGUAAGAGAUAGUGGGCAUCAUAAAUUAUACCUUCCUCAAAGGGUGCAAGUAAGGAUCAGAUGAGAUAAUGCAUGUAGAACCACCUUUUAAACCCGUAAAGGCUGUAGAAAUGGCUUAGCAGUGAUUAUCACGUUUAUAUAGAUCACAUUUGCCUUUUAAAACUGCUUUCACACUUAUUAUGUGAUUUUAUCUUCACAACGGGCCCAUGAGGGAAGUAGAGCAGGAAUUAUUAUCUCUGUUUUACCAUCUGUUGAUGUAGACAAAUGAGGUCUGCAGAAGCUGAGAGACUGUCCUAAGGUGACACAGUGUAUUUGGUUGCAUUAUCCCUAAGCUCAACCCUGGACCUACUGAGUCCUAUUCUGAAGCCCUCCCUUCCAAAAAAUACCCAACAGUCACAAACUUGGUAUCCACAAGUUAUGCUGCAGAAAUUAUUCCUGCUCGGGAAGCAAGCCACCCUACAACAAGAGUCCAAGGCUAAAUAAUUAUAAUAUCAGUAUGAUGAUGGUGGGUAACCACACACUCUGCUAAGCAUUUAAUAAAUAUUUUAUUUAAUCCUCAUAAUAACUCUAUGAGGUUGCAUGAUUAUCAGUCCCAUUUUACAGAUGAGGAAAUUGAGGCAUAAAAGGGUUCAGCUAGGGGCAGGACAGCAAUAAAGACGCAGACAUAGAGAAUGGACUUGAGGACACGUGGAGGGGGAAGGGUAAGCUGAGACAAAGUGAGAGAGUGGCACGGACAUAUAUACACUACCAAAUGUAAAAUAGACAGCUUGUGGGAAGAAGCUGCAUAGCACAGGGAGAUCAGCGUGUGCUUUGUGACCACCUAGAGGGGUGGGAUAAGGAGGGUGGGACGGAGACACAAGAGGAAGGAGUUAUGCGGAUAUAUGUAUAUGUAUAGCUGAUUCACUUUGUUAUAUAGCAGCAACGAACACAACAGUGUAAAGCAAUUAUACUCCAAUAAAGAUGUUAAAAAAAGAAAAGAAAAUGGUUCAGGAGUUUGUCCAUGGUCUGCAGAACUAGUGAGUGCCAAGGGAGCCUACAUGUAUUAGUUUGCUAAGGCUGCUAUAAUAAAAUACCACAGACUGGGUGGCUUAAAUUGCAGAAAUGUAUUGUUUUACCAUUCUGGAGGCUAGAAGUCCAAAAUCAAGGUGUUAGCUGGGUGGGUUCUUUCUGAGGGCUGAGAGGGAAGGAUCUGUUCCUGGCCUCUCUUCCUGGCUUGUAGAUGACCUUUUCCUUGUGUAUCUUCACAUUGCCUUUUCUCUAUGAGUUUCUGUCUCUGAAAUACAAAUUUCCCAUUUGUAUAAGGACACCGGUCCUAUGGGAUUAGGAGGGGACACACUUCCACCCAUAACACUGGAUAGAAACCCAGAUUAGUUUACCUCACGCUGUUAAGUAUUAUGCUUUAAUGAUUCCUGACAUUACAAAAUUAUACCAAUCUGUAUCCUUUUGAGAGGAACGAAUGUCAAGACGUAGAACAUGGCAUUUGACCCCCAAAUCGACUUUUAGAGCCACUGAACAAAAAUCUGUCCUCUAAAAAUUCCUAAAUUGGAACGUGCUCCCCAAAAAUGUUUAUCUAAGAGACUGGUUUCCAGCUUACUAGGCAAUUUGGCAUCGAGGACUUUUCUCAUAAACAUUUACAAAUAUUCUGCUCAGUAAUGAAGUUAAUCAGUAAACCCCACAACCUCUGGCCUCUGUCACUCCUUACCUAGUCUCAUUUUCAGUUGCUGUGAGUAAGCUAAGAAUGGUAAUGCAGUUUCCGGAGUUAGAAAAUCCAGGUCAAAUUAGUCCUUGUCACAGCUGCACGUCGUUGGGAUUUGCCAUGGAAAUGAUGAGCAUGAAGCCUGCUAAAGGUGUACUAACAGAACAAGCAGCAGGUCCUCUGGGACAGAAUCUAGAAGUGGAACCAUACUCACAAUACAACAACAUUCAGUUUCCCCAAGUUCAACCACAGAUUUCCUCAUCUUCCUAUUAUUCCAACCUGGGUUUCUAUCCCCAGCAGCCUGAAGAGUGGUACUCUCCUGGAAUAUAUGAACUCAGGCGAAUGCCUGCUGAGACUCUCUACCAGGGAGAGACUGAGGUAGUGGAGAUUCCUGUGACAAAGAAGGCCCGACUGGGUACAUCAGCAGGGAGAAUAAAAGGGGAUGAGCUAUGUGUUGUUUGUGGAGACAGAGCAUCCGGUUACCACUAUAAUGCACUGACCUGUGAGGGGUGCAAAGGUUUCUUCAGGAGAAGCAUUACCAAAAAUGCCGUGUACAAGUGUAAAAACGGGGGCAACUGUGUGAUGGACAUGUACAUGCGAAGGAAGUGCCAAGAGUGUCGACUAAGGAAAUGCAAAGAGAUGGGAAUGUUGGCUGAAUGUAUGUAUACAGGCUUGUUAACUGACAUUCAGUGUAAAUCUAAAAGACUGAGGAAAAACGUGAAGCAGCACGCAGAUCAGACCAUUAAUGAAGACGGUGAAGGACGUGACUUGCGACAAGUGACCUCGACAACUAAGUCAUGCAGGGAGAAAACUGAACUCACCCCAGAUCAACAGAAUCUUCUUCAUUAUAUUAUGGAUUCAUACAGCAAGCAGAGGAUGCCUCAGGAAAUAACAAAUAAAAUUUUAAAAGAAGAAUUCAGUGCAGAAGAAAAUUUUCUCAUUUUAACUGAAAUGGCUACCAGUCAUGUACAGAUUCUCGUAGAAUUCACAAAAAAACUUCCAGGGUUUCAGACAUUGGACCAUGAAGAUCAGAUUGCUUUGCUGAAAGGGUCUGCAGUUGAAGCUAUGUUUCUCCGUUCAGCUGAGAUUUUCAGUAAGAAACUUCCAGCUGGACAUGCUGACCUAUUGGAAGAGAGAAUUCGAAAGAGCGGUAUCUCUGAUGAAUAUAUAACACCUAUGUUUAGCUUUUAUAAAAGUGUUGCAGAAUUGAAAAUGACUCAAGAAGAGUAUGCUCUGCUUACAGCAAUUGUUAUUCUCUCUCCAGACAGACAAUACAUAAAGGACAGAGAGGCAGUAGAGAAGCUUCAGGAACCACUGCUUGAUGUGCUACAAAAGUUGUGUAAGAUUCAUCAGCCUGAGAAUCCUCAACAUUUUGCCUGUCUUCUGGGUCGCCUGACUGAGUUGCGGACAUUCAACCAUCACCACGCAGAGAUGCUUAUGUCAUGGAGAGUGAAUGACCACAAGUUUACCCCGCUUCUCUGUGAAAUCUGGGAUGUGCAGUGAUGGGCAUUGCAGGGGCAGGGUCUAGCUCUUCAUUUUCCUCAUAAUAUAAAUCCUAUAUAUAACUUUCCUUUAUUUCAUUUGUACCAGGUUUUAUGCAAGAAUUCUCAUCAAUAUUUAUGUGGUAGUUAUAUAACCUCCACAAUUGUAAAUGUGGGGCUAGGUUGAAAUACUUUCUCUACAUUGUAUUCUACAAGGCUUCAGGGAAUCUUUCACUGAAAUUGGUAUGCCCUGUUUGCCUAAUUAAAUUAAUCAUUACUUCAAGUCUAUCUGUUGAAAUAGGGAAAAUCUCAUUUUGCUCUUCAUCUUACCUUACUGCAUAUAUUUUAUUAAAAGGCUGUGUUCAAUUUGGGCAAUAAACUGAACAUAAUGGCAACAGGCUUUUCUUGGGGAACAAAAUUUGAAAAAUAUACAACUUAUUUCUUUAAAUGACGAAUAGCAUCCUAUCGAAUCUGAGGGGGUAAUUUCCAAAAAGGUAAACUCUUAGGACAUAAAUUGUGCUUUUCUCAUCCCUGGAAGCCCUGGUGAAUAUUCAUUCAUUUUCCAUAGCCCCCUGAUCAUUUCAUAUUCUUUGAAGUUCAAAGAGAAUAGCAUACAGAAAAGUUAAUUAUUGUCACAUAAAACAUUCCCUCAAGCAAUCUCUUUCCUUAGGGUCUUGAGGCAGCAUUUACAAAUUCAGAGUAGGCAGAUAACUCCAGUGAUGGGACAUUCCAUUUAGUCUCUUAAAAGUGCUCACUAUUGGCUUUAGUGCAUAUAAUUAAUCAUUUUUCAUUUGUUUGUUUUGUUUUUGGAAAACACUCCUUCAGCAGGGUGCACAGCUGUUGUAUACUUCCCCCAAGGCAGGAAUUAGUUCAUUUCCUUCCUUCAUUGUUAUACUGUUGCAUUCUUCUCCCCAUUUUCCUUUGGUGAAUACAAUAAAACACCU